UCCUCCCACCCAGGGUUCCGCCCCUAGCUUCAUUCCAGCCAUUGCUGCUGCUGCUCUAACAGCCCAACAAUCAAUUGCAAGCCGCCGUUUCCAGGAUGGUGAUCCAGGUGUACAUUGCAUCCUCCUCUGGCUCUACGGCGAUUAAGAAGAAACAGCAAGAUGUACUUGGCUUCUUAGAAGCCAACAAAAUUGGAUUUGAAGAGAAAGAUAUUGCAGCCAAUGAAGAGAACCGGAAGUGGAUGAGAGAAAAUGUGCCUGAAAACAGUCGACCAGCCACAGGGCAUCCCCUGCCACCUCAGAUUUUCAAUGAAAGCCAGUAUCGUGGGGACUAUGAUGCCUUCUUUGAAGCCCGAGAAAAUAAUGCAGUGUAUGCCUUUUUGGGACUGACAGCUCCACCUGGUUCAAAGGAGGCAGAAGCCCAGGCAAAGCAGCAAGCAGCCUGAAUCUUCAGCAUUCCACCAUCAGCAUCUUGAAAAAUGAGUCUCCUUUGCUUUUUAUAAAAUAACAAAAGCAUCUUGGCUUCAAAAGAAACAGCUUAAUGCUGUUAGUUGGUUUCUCGCAUGCAAACAAUCAAAAUGAAUACAUAAAUUAAAAUGUGAAAGCUCUGGUGAGAUGAUUGGGUGAUGAACAUCUUAAGGAGAUACCAUAGAAUAGAAUAGAAUAGAAUAGAAUAGGUAUUGUUUCCUGCCAAGGCAUUUUAUGUACUUCAGUGAUUUUGCAAAGAUAACACCCUUCUUUUUUGAUAUUC